UCAUUUCUGAAUUACUCGUAAAUUGAAUUUAAACUAAUUCCCGAUCCAACAAGUAACCCAAAAAGAAAAAACAAAAAAACACAGAUGCAGAGGUUGGCCAGAAAACAGCGUAUUUCUCGGUUUUUUAUCAAAUCAAGAAGCUUUAGCAGUACCACCAUCACCAAUCACGUUGAUACUGAUUCGUAUGUUUUAGUGGAAGGAAAUGCAAGUUCAAGAAAAGUGCUUCUCAACAGACCCUCACUCCUCAAUUCACUCAACACUCCAAUGGUGAAAAGGUUGCACAAACUAUAUGCAAGCUGGGAAGAAAAUCCUGAUGUGGGCUUUGUGGUAAUGAAGGGAAACGGGAGAGCUUUUUGUUCCGGCGCUGAUAUAGUGUCCCUCCGUGAUAUGAUCAUCAAAGGCAAUGUUGAUAGAUGCAAAGAAUUCUUUUGGGAAGUUUAUAGUUUUCCAUACUUUGUAUAUACAUAUUUGAAACCAAAUGUGGCUAUCUUAGAUGGGAUUACUAUUGGUGGUGGGGCUGCAAUCUCCGUUCCGGGAACAUUCAGGAUUGCGACUGAUAGAACUGUGUUUGCUACCCCUGAAACGUUAAUUGGUCUUCAUCCUGAUGCUGGUGCUUCCUUUUACCUUUCACAACUUCCUGGUUAUUUAGGGGAGUAUUUGGGUCUAACUGGUGACAGGCUCAAUGGAGUUGAAAUGUUGGCGUGUGGGCUUGCUACACAUUACUCACACAGUACGAAUGUUCCGACAAUUGAAAAGUGUCUCAAGAAUCUGAAAACAGAUGAUCCUUCUGUCAUUGAAACUUCUCUUCAAAAGUAUAGUGAUUUUGACUAUCCAGAUAAUAACAGUGUUCUCAAGAGGAUGGAAAUGGUUGAUGUAUGUUUCAGCCAUGAUACAGUUGAGGAAAUCAUUGAUGCAUUGGAAAGUGAAGCUGCGAGAGCUGAUGAUGGGUGGUGUACUUCCACCCUGAAGAAACUAAAAUAUGCUUCACCAUUGAGCUUGAAGCUAUCCUUGAGAUCAAUACGAGAAAGUCGGUUUCAGACUCUUGAUCAGUGCCUAAUACGCGAAUACAGACUGACAUCAAGAGCAGUGUCAUGCCAGAUAUCAAGUGAUUUCUGUGAGGGUAUUCGGGCACGUAUGGUGGAUAAAGAUCUUGCACCCAAGUGGGACCCGCCAAGUUUAGAGCACGUACCACAAGACAUGGUAGACGAGUACUUUUCUCCUCUCAGAGGACUCGAGUCUGAACUAGAACUGCCUACAAAGCAGCGAGAGGCUUUUACAUAAGCUAGCUAGCUAAGUAGUAGAGGACAUUGUUCGUGAUAUUGACAGUGCAAAGUUGUUAGAUCGAUCCCCAACCAUCAAGUCCAAUUGGGCUACAUAUCUCAAAUCUUUCUGGACGAUAUCUUGACACCAUACAAAUCAUCUUUACAAUACAACCAUCUAAAAUGAAUAAACUAUUCGUCUAGAUUUUCAUUUAUAUUUUUAUACUUGGUAAUUAGUAUUGCUCAAGGAGUUGAUUUGGUUUCACUAAAUGAUAUAUAUAAACCAAGUAAAUUGUCUGAAAUUUGAAUUUAUCGUUCAGUUCAA